UGACUGACCUAGGUUUCCCAUCGGAUUUAUUUAAACCUCGCGCUACAGCAGCAUAGCUGCGUAGCUCAUAGUGUAUUUUCUCUUGUAACUGUAGUCUGACUGUUCCACAGUGAUAUUGUUCAUAUAAGCAACUAAAGGAUCACUUUAGCCCCGGUGAUUGUAUGAUAUUUUAGCUGAAGUCACUGGCGAUGAUGUUUGACGGUUAGCGUUAGAUUCCAAAGCUCGGGAGUAGGUGGUCAGUGGGGAAGCGAUGGCAGAGCAUGCGUCAGAGCCGGAAAUGUCCCGUGUUUGUGUCUGCCAUUCUCGCCAAGAAGUUGAACAAUUGAUCAAAGAAACUGAGGGAACAACUCAGUGUAAAUAUGUGAGCGUCUGCAAUAACAAAAGUUUCAAUAAUAUGGAAUGGCAGCCAUCUGCAAAGAACAGGGUCUUCUUUGAGAAGAAGAACGAUGGAAAGUCUCCAACCAUUCCCUUCUCUGGGAUGCCAUUUAUUUUCAUUGGGAGCAUGUCCUUUGAGUGCCACUUAGGAAAAGACAGGGCAAAGAAAAAGAAGGAGAGAUAUGCUCAGAACAUGGUAUCUGGAGACCAAGUGCACAAGAAAAGAAGAUUCUUGGCACAAGACACUAAAAAGAUUGGCUGCCCUGCAGAGCUCAAGGUGACAAGGGUGGCCACGUUUCCUGACCAUAAGAUUGAAAAGGACAGUGUGUGGGAAAGAAAGAACGCAGGACAGGCACUUAGAAGGCUCCUACAAGAGAACAAGCUACUAGUCUGGGAAAACACCUACUAUGUAUUAUUACCACGACUGGAGGAUCAUAUCGGUCAUCCUGUCCUUGGAGAGGUGGCAUGUGUUCAAAAAGCAGCUAACCCCAGGGUUGAGGAGAGAAUAAAGGAGCUGUUAAAACAGGGAGUGACCAGUGUCAGUGAAAUGUGCAGGCGUGUCAGAGAGUUUGUAAAGGGUAACCUCGUCAAAGGUGAAAAGCCACCUCCAGUGGCACGGUAUCGUUACUACACCCUGCACCAAAACCUGAGGAACAUUAUGAAAAGUGCAUGGGAUGCUGUCUUGCACUCCGGCAGCGAUCAAGAGAAACUGCAGAUUCUUGCACAGACAUGGACAGAAACAGAUCCUGGUGACAUCUUUGUAAGGCCUCAUUGUGCGAGUGAAGGUUUCCUUCUAUGCUACCAGUCAAAAUGGCAGCAGCGACUAUUGCACCUGUACGGACAGCACUGCUGUCUCCUCGAUGCUGCGUUUAAGUUGACGAGGCAUGAGCUACCAUUAUUUUUCCUGUGGGUCCGCACAAAUGUGUGCUAUGUUGUUGCAGCAGUUUUCGUUGUCCAGCAUGAGACCAAGGAGGCAGUGUCAGAGGCCCUACAUGUGCUGAAGACCUGGAAUGAAGGAUGGUCUCCAGGCUACUUCAUGGUGGAUUUCAGCAUGGCAGAAAUCAACGCUGUGGAGAGCGUAUUCACAGAUUGCAAAGCUGUGCUGUGUGACUUCCACCGGGAGAAGGCAUGGCUUGAGUGGAUGAAAAAUGUGGACCAUGGCGUGCUGAACCAAGAUGAAGCACUAGCCUCCCUGAAGAGAAUCGCGGCAGUUGGUACUCUGCAGGAAUACAAGCAGGCAUUCAAGCAACUUCAGGAGAGCGAGGAGUGGACCAGGAAUCCCCUCUUCCAGACAUGGCUUCAGACAACAUGGCUGCCUGAAGAGAAGAGAUGGGCCUCAGUUUUCCGUGAAGAGGCGCUGCAAAACUUCAUCACAACCAAUAACGGGCUGGAGAGGCUGAACGAGACUUUCCAGUAUAGGCCCCUGAAGAACUGCAAAACCAGCACUAUGAGCGAAAUAAUGACAGUUAUUGUCAAUGAUUUCAUCCCUCAGUGGCAAAAGAAGUACACACAGCUGAACAUCCAGUAUUCCUCUGGGUACAAGCACAGUGACAGCAUACACAAUUUCCUUCACAACCGACCAUGUGACAUGGUAAUGCAUAUCCUAGAUCGCAUGACAGCAGACCUUGGUCCUGACUCUAUCACAGAAAUGUCUUAUGGAACGUUCAAAGUGACGAGCGAGUCUGACAGAGAAAGUCAUGUUGUCACACUAGGGUCAAGCUCUACGUUGCCAUCAUGCACUUGUGAAGACUGGAAGAGGAACAGACUUCCAUGUAAACACUUCUGUGCAGGCUUCAAAGCAGGGUGGACAUGGGAUGUCCUCUGCCCACAGUAUAGGGACAACCCACUGUUCACCCUUGACCCAGUCUGUCGUAACUCAAGCCCUCCAGUUUCACUACCUGGGGAAGAAAUCCUGCAAGGUCAAGACCAUGAAGCUGAGAUUAAAGAGAAGGAUGUUGAAGACCAGGGCAACAAAAUAUUACUUCAAGAUGAUGCAGCACUCCUACAAGAACUUCCAACAAGAACAAAAACAAUAAAGACGGUCAACACAACCAGAAGACGAUGCAUUGAACGUCUCAAGGCCAUAAGUGACGCUGUCAUUUCUGUGGACAAUGAGGACUUCCUACAAAGCCUGGAAAUUACAUUGGAAGAUAUGGCAAUGGAGGUAAAAGAAUAUAUUCCACAUGAUAAAAGGAUGGCACUAAACAACUUCACAAAAAGUAGAAAGCGGAAAAGUACAGUAGUCAUCCAUAAUGCUGUGCCACUACUGAAGAGGGUAUAUAGGUGCCCAAAACAACUGUACACAAACAGACUUAGUGUACCAGCUGAAAUCACAAAAAAAGUCCCAGUGCAUGUUACAAACCCAUUACCUACAAACAGCCUGUUAUCUGUAGACCAGUCAAAUACAACACCCCUGCUAGAGUUAGACCUAGAAACAUCUGAUCACACAAAGACACAAGCAUGGUGUACAGUAGAGGGGACCGUUCUUUCCUUCGCUGAUCGGAAUGUGCUGCUAACUGGGCAACCGCUGAAUGAUAAGCACAUAAAUGCCAGCCAGAGUCUCCUGAGAGAGGAGUUUCCUUUUCUGGAAGGACUCACUGACACAGCUGUGAUUUCCACAGCUGCAGAACAGGUGCCCGCCACAGCAGAGGCCAUCCAGAUUCAUCAUAUUGACCAACACUGGUUGGUGUCAACUUCAGCCAGAGGUCAAGUUCAGCUCUAUGAUUCUCUGCUGCCAGGAAGCUGCAUUCCUUUGACCCUGAGGCAGCAACUUGCUACUGUCUAUAGGAGAUAUUGUAGGGGACAAGAUGGAAUCAUUGAUGUGCACAUGAAAUGUACACAGCAGGAGCAACAGGCAGUGGACUGUGGACUCUUUGCCAUUGCAAAUGCUGUCUCCCUGGCUUCAGGCUUUGAUCCUGCUGAUAUCCAGUACAAUCAGAAUAUGAUGAGGGGGCAUCUCCACACAUGCCUGAUAAAGGGGAAGCUAAAAAUGUUCCCCCACACACAAAGAAAAUCAAGUUGGACAAUAGCUGAGAGACAUGCCAUGCUAAGCAAGUACUGCAUAUGUCACCUGUACAAGGAAAAAGCUGACAUGGUCCAGUGUGACAGGUGCCAAGGCUGGUAUCACUACAGCUGUGUGAACAUAACUGCAAGUACAGUUGAACAGAUGAUGACAAUUGGGUACUGCUGCCCCAACUGUGACAGUGAAUUGGUACCAGUAUGUGCAGGGUCUGUUGAAAUUGUUUAGGACCUGGCUUACUUUUGUCUAUACUUAUGAGAAUCUGAAACCUAAAAUGUUUUUAUUGACAUGUGAACAACAGUGGCAUUUGUACAUAGUACAGUUUAGUUAGUAGUACUAGGUUCUGAGAUAAUGUUGUGGUUAUGUUGUCAAAUGCUUGUGUUUAUUAUAUUUCACUGGAGUAAAGAAAUGACAAGUUUCAGUCGUGCACUUGUUGGUUUUUACUUUUAAAAAAUCUGUCCACCAAUUCUGAGAGGAGUAAAACUGGAAUUGGUAUAAUACAAUAGUGUAUAGCAGUAACUAUUCAGGCAUCCCAUAUAAGCAGUACAGCCUAGGUGAAAUAAUAAAGAAUACAAAAUCACAAAUUUAUACUCAAACACAGCAGCUGAUCGCCUACAUACAGUAGCUACUUUCCACCUCUGACCUACUACGGAACAUUGUCGCCUGACUUGGGUUUCACAUCGGACACAUAGUCACUAGACACCACACUAGCUUAAAACUGGUGGGUAGUUGUGUGGUGCAGUUUCGCGUGCUAACAAUUGGAUUGGGGUUUGACAAAAAUACGUCUGUUUUGUUCACCUAUGCCACUAAAGGAUCAGUCAAACUCAGUUGCCAUGAAACCAGCCGUAGAUGAGAUGUUUCCAGAAGGCGCAGGUCCGUACGUGGAUCUGGACGAGGCUGGGGGAAGCACAGGACUGCUGAUGGACCUGGCCGCCAAUGAAAAAGCAGUUCAUGCAGACUUCUUCAAUG